UCCCGGGCUGUGUCGGGGCGGACCAAGGGACCGCGCCCUCUCGGUCUGGGGUUCGCUCACGGACGGGGCUGAGAGACAGAGACAGAGACACGGAGCGACAGUGAGACCCCGGACCCCGGACCCAGCCCCAGCCCCAGCCCCAGCCCCCGCCCCGAGCCCAUGUCCAUGUCCGGGAUGGCCCUGACCGUCUCCAGGACCCGCCAGCAGCGGCUCGGUGUCGGCUCCAAUGCAGCAGCGAAACAGUUUCUGAACCAGGAUUACGGGGCUCUGCGGGAGCAUUGCCUUCAAACUGGCUCCUUAUUCCAGGAUCACUCCUUCCCCGCUAACCCCAGCUGCCUGGGCUACAAGGAACUGGCCCCCAACUCCUACAAAACCAGGGAUGUCAUCUGGCUCCGGCCCGGGGAAAUAUGCUCCAACCCACAAUUUCUCAUCGAAGGAGCCACUCGCACAGACAUCUGUCAAGGAGCCCUGGGUGAUUGCUGGCUCCUUGCUGCUAUUGCAUCUCUGACCCUCAACGAGGAGGUCCUGAGCCGGGUUGUGCCCAGUGGACAGUCGUUUGGUCCAGGAUAUGCUGGAAUCUUCCAUUUCCAGUUCUGGCAGUUUGGGGACUGGGUAGAUGUGGUGAUCGAUGACCGACUACCCACUAAAGAUGGAAAGCUGAUGUUUGUCCACUCGGCCGAGAGAAAUGAGUUCUGGAGCGCACUGUUGGAGAAGGCCUAUGCCAAAUUAAAUGGAAGUUAUGAAGCUCUGUCUGGAGGGUCAACAACGGAAGGGUUUGAAGAUUUUACUGGUGGUGUUUCCGAAUGGUACGAGCUGAAGUCUGCUCCUCGCAACUUGUUCCAAAUCAUUCAGAAAGCCCUACAGCGAGGAUCCUUAAUGGGCUGUUCCAUCGAUGUAAGUAAUAGGCUUCAGUUUGUGCUCACUCCAGGAAUAUCGGAAUGUUUUCUCUCCCCAAGGAUGGCAUUCCCUGAGUUUGUGAGACAUUAUUCCCGCCUGGAGAUUUGCAAUCUGACCCCAGACACACUGAGCAGUGAGCAGGUCCUCAAAUGGAAUUCAACUCUGUUCACCGAGAGCUGGAGGAGAGGCUCAACUGCUGGAGGGUGUCGGAACUAUCCAGCGACGUUCUGGAUGAACCCCCAGUUUAAGAUUACCCUGGAGGAGAGUGAUGUGGGUGAUGGUGGCGAUGAUGAUGGCUGUAGUUUCUUGGUGGCUCUCAUUCAGAAGAAUCGCAGGCGACAGAGGAAGAUGGGGGAAGACAUGCACACCAUUGGCUUCGCUAUUUAUGAUGUUCCCCAUGAGUAUAAGGGUAUCUCAAAUGUCCAUCUGCCGAAGAGUUACUUCCUGACCCAUGGUUCCCGUGUUCGAUCAGAGAGUUUUAUCAAUCUACGGGAGGUGUCAACUCGAUUCAAGCUGCCCCCUGGAGAAUAUCUCGUUGUACCAUCCACAUUUGAACCUCACAAAGAUGGAGAUUUUGCUGUGAGGGUCUUUUCUGAGAAUCGAUCCCAGACAGAGCCACUGGAUAUUGACGAGGUCCGUGCUGUAUUUGACGAUGAGGUGCCAGUCACUGAGAGUGAUAUCCCAGCAAACUUCCGCACCCUGUUUGAGAAACUCGCUGGGCCGGAAAGAGAAAUUUCUGUAUUUGCUCUUCAGAGAAUAUUAAACAAAGUGGUGUCCAGUCGUUCUGAUAUUAAAACUGAUGGGUUUGGCCUGGAGACCUGCCGAAAUAUGGUGAACCUGAUGGAUAUGGAUGGAAAUGGGAAGCUGGGUUUAGUGGAAUUUAAGAAACUGUGGGACAGGGUUCAGAAAUUCCUGAAAAUCUACAAGAAGAAUGAUCUAGACCAGUCUGGCACCAUGAGCUCCAGUGAGAUGCGAGUUGCUGUUGAGGAAGCGGGUUUCCACUUAAAUAACCAGCUGACCCAGAUCAUCGUGGCUCGAUAUUCCGACAUGGAUACCCUCACCCUCGACUUCGACAACUUUGUUUCUUGUCUCGUUCGUCUUGAGGCCGUCUUCAAAAUGUUUAACACUCUGCCCAAGGAUGGAAAUGGCCUUAUCCAGCUGGGAAUGCUGCAGUGGCUAACCUUGGUCCUGGGCUGACGCUGCUGGACCGGUCAUGGAUGGUGGAGACCAGCAGUGGAUCUGGAUGAGCUGUUCCCAUUGGGAGAGUGAUCCGUUGAGUCUCCAUUCUGUCUGAGACAUACACCCUGAUGUCUCUGGGUGGUUGUGUUUGGGAUCUUGUUUUUCUGCCCUGCCUCAGGGUUGCUUGCUUGUCUAUCGGUGGGCCCCAUAGCCACUGCCCUGUGCUCUGAUCACGGUGGGUGGAUUUACUCUCUUUCUGCUGCCUAAUCCUCAGUAUGGCUUUUGGGAGGGGGUGGGUGGGACGUCCAUGCUCUGUCACUUUGCAAAGAUCUUGUUGUAUUUCUGACUGAAUAAAAAUGGGUUGUAAAAUC